AUGGCCGUACCGCGAGGCUGCAGCAAGGUGCACUUCGGCGAAGACAACACGCGCUUCGCUCUUCUAGCCGUCGUCAUCCUCAUCUACAUGGUGUGCGGAGCCCUGAUGUUCUCCUGGCUGGAGAGCACGACCGAGAGCAAGUCGGGGACCGAGUACAACCGCACGCUGUCUCACUUCAUCGCACUCUACCCGGAGGUGAACUACUCCGAUCUCGUUAUCUUGCUCCACGCGCACGGAAACGCCAGCGACCAGGGCAUCUUGGAUAGGAGACCACGCUGGGACUUCUCCGGUUCAUUUUACUACGUCGGCACAAUCGUGGCCACGAUAGGUUUCGGCAUGACGACACCGCAGACGGUUGCUGGAAAAGUGGCGACAAUGUUUUACGGCCUCGUCGGCUGUGCCGGCGGCAUCCUCUUCUUCAACCUCUUCCUCGAGCGCAUCAUCAGUCUCCUCGCCUUCGCGCUGCGCGCCUACCACGUACGGAGACUACGAGGAGGAGGAGGACCAGGGGGGAGGAGGAUUUCGCAGUUGUCGCGCUCCGACGUCGAGUCGACGCUAGACAGUUACAAGCCGUCGGUGUACUGGGUCAUGUGCUAUCUGUUUCUCGGCGCCUGCGUGCUAGCCGUCGUCGCCUCGGCAGUGUACUCUCACGCCGAGGGCUGGAGUUACCUCGAGGCGACCUAUUUCUGCUUUGUGACCUUCACGACGAUCGGAUUCGGCGACUUCGUGUCCGGACAGCGUCGCGAAUACGCCUCGCACACGCUCUACCAGUUCGCCAAUACGGCGUUCAUCAUCCUAGGAUGCUCUUGUGUCUACAGCCUGCUCAACGUUAUAUCGAUAGUGAUCAAGCAGUUUCUUAACUGGACGAUACGGAAGCUCGACUGUCAACGAUGCCGACGGGAAAAACCGCCGCCGCUCGCUAGUCAGCAGCGACGUAACGCCAUCGCUCCGAGCGUCGUCGCCAACGGUCGCGUGCCAUCGGCCGGCCACAACACGCCUCAGAGUGGAGUGUGCAUCAUAGAGGACGAGGCGGCGAUGUACGACAGCGAGGUGAACAGUCGAAGGAACUCCGGAGAGAUGAUUUCGAUGCAGCAUAUGCUCGGACUGAAUAAGUUCACGCUGGCGCUCAUGCAGAAGCAGUUGUACGAGACGGCGAAUAGGAACUACAUAGAUGCCGAGCAGCACCCGUCCGGAGGUCUGUCGAGUGCGAUCGGUCCCCUGGCGAUCCUCAAUGAGAAGCUGGGCGAGGAUACGUGA